AGUAAGUUACGUUUUGCCAUGUCACGCUGAGGAAGUUUGAGAAGCAGUUUAUUUAUAGAAAAAACUGGAUUCGGGUGGGCAAACCGACACACAAGCCGCCGCGUGUGUGCGACCUGAGAUGAGCGCACGUCGUUGUUUUUGACGGGAAAACCCUCGUUGUUAAUUUUGGCAUUAACCGUUACAGCUAAAGUGAAGCCAGAAGCCUCAUGUUUUCGUCAAGCCAAGAGGAGCACUGCGCCCCGUCCAAAGACCCGGUCAAGUACGGAGAGCUGGUGGUGCUGGGGUACAAUGGCUCCCUGCCCAACGGAGAUCGGGGUAGACGGAAAAGCAGAUUUGCGCUAUACAGGAGGACCAAAGCCAAUGGUGUCAAGCCAAGCACUGUGCACAUCCUCAACACACCCCAGGCCAGCAAGGCCGUGAACUGCAAAGGCCAACACAGCAUCUCCUACACGCUGUCCAGGAACCAGACGGUGGUGGUGGAGUACAGCCAUGACAAAGACACGGACAUGUUUCAGAUUGGCCGUUCCACUGAGAGUCCCAUAGACUUUGUGGUCACCGACACCAUAGCAGGAGGCCAAGAAGGAGAGGAGACUCCAAUCACGCAGAGCACCAUCUCCCGCUUUGCCUGCCGAGUUGUCUGCGAGCGCAACCCUCCCUUCACCGCUCGCAUCUAUGCAGCUGGGUUUGACUCUUCCAAAAACAUCUUCCUUGGGGAAAAAGCUGCUAAAUGGAAAAACCCUGACGGUCACAUGGACGGCCUGACGACCAAUGGCGUGCUGGUAAUGCACCCUAAGGGUGGGUUCACGGAAGAGUCGAAGCCCGGCGUGUGGAGAGAGAUCUCUGUUUGUGGGGAUGUUUACACGCUGAGAGAGACUCGCUCAGCACAGACCCCAGGCAAACUGGUGGAGAAUGAGAGUAACAUCCUGCAGGACGGCUCCCUGGUGGAUCUAUGUGGAGCCACUCUGCUGUGGCGCACUGCAGAAGGCCUCUUCCACACUCCCACCCAGAAGCACCUGGAGGCUCUCAGGCAGGAGAUCAACGCAGCGCGGCCUCAGUGCCCCGUCGGUCUCAACACGCUUGCCUUCCCCAGCAUGCAACGCAGCCGCGCCCUCUCAUCCCUGGAGGACAAGCAGCCCUGGGUCUACUUGGCGUGUGGCCACGUGCACGGCUACCACAACUGGGGCCACCGCUCGGAGCAGGAGCCCAACACUCAGCGCGAGUGUCCCAUGUGCCGGGUGGUGGGGCCCUACGUUCCGCUGUGGUUGGGCUGCGAACCGGCCUUCUACGUGGACACAGGUGCGCCCACGCAUGCCUUCGUGCCGUGUGGACACGUGUGCUCGGAGAAGUCCGUCAAGUACUGGGCGGAGAUCCCUCUGCCCCACGGCACCCACGCCUUCCACGCCGCCUGCCCCUUCUGUGCCACCCAGCUCAGCCUCACUCAGGGUUGUUCCAAGCUAAUCUUCCAGGGCCCAGUGGACUGAGCUGGAGGGUCCUGCUCUGGCAGAGAAGAUUAAACAGGAAGGCCAACAUGCUGUGAAACUGUUCAGAUUAUUUUGUGCUUUCUUUUGUUCAUGUAAGCCAGCUGUGGAAAGGAGUAAGUCUUUUCUUCUGGUCAUAUACUGUGGAUUCUGCACAACAGAGAGCCAUUACAGAUUGUUCAGGGCCUUUUGUGGCUGUUUGGAUGGCCACUGUGGGAUACAGAGACGUGGAGCACACUGGACCACAAAUGCAUGGCUCCUCCAGAAUGAAAUACUGUUUUAGCUGUCCUGCCAACCGACCACUUUAAACAAGGCUCCGGCGCUGGGCUGUUUAAACGACAAUGCCUGCUGGUUUUCCAUCAGAUGGCUGUAAAAGUAAGGUCGCGGAAGGAAUGAACUGAUUUCGCUCAUGAAUCAGACUGAACCAAACAACAGUGAGCAGGUGUAGUUGGAUCUGUUGGGGAAAGAAAGAGGGGGCCGGGGUUUAUUGUUGAGUUCCCGGUGGGCCCGAGACAGAGUUUUUACAGAGCCAGACAGCUGGACUGUUGGCUGGGAGAAAAGCCAGGAGAAACUUGGGGGUUUAAUGGCUAACUAGUUAAAUGGUCCCCGUUGGCCUCUUGGCCCUUAACCCGUAAUGGCAUCCAAAUCAUGUAGCUCUCCGGAGGUGGCUUCCAUUCGCCCGACAAACUUCGAGGGAGGGGACAAAGACUUUUUCGUGUACAGAGAUCUAAUCCAGUGCCUCAAAUCCCAGUUAAGUAUGGGAAUAUUUUUCAUAGAUGACAAAAGAUAUUUUGUUGAAGGUAAAGAGAGAGAGAUAGUUUUGCAUACAGAAGACGCAAGGAGACGACGACCCCCCCGUGGAUUUAGACUCGAGAGGUAUUUUACUACACUGAGGCCCUUGUACUGUUUUGUAAUGCAAAUGUUAAUAUAUUUUUCUCCUGCAUAUAUAAUGUGUGUGUGCGAAUGCUUGAGUGUAUGCGUGAUUGCGUGUGUGUGUGUGUGUGUGUGUGGGUUGGACUGUGUGGGUGCCCCGGGGCGGUUUAAAUCGCCCUGCAUCAUUUCACCCCCCUCCUCCAAUCCCCCUUUUCUAUGAUCUCGCCCACCACCCAAAACGCUACCAGAGAGAACACAGGAACUAAAACAAGGUCGCAGGGUUUUUUUUUUUUUACAAUGAAUGUACUGAAAUACAUUGACUCUCCUCGCCGGCGGUGCUCCAGUUAUACGACUCGCUUCCUCCAUAGCUGGGCCUGCUACAGGUAAGGCCUGUUUGCAGUUAAACGCAGCACUGAAGCUGUAAAAAAAACCCACAUGCGUCGGCCACACCUGCGCGCUAGCUAGCCGCGUCCCUGCCCCACACACACACAUGUACUGUAUUCAAUCAACACUGUUGUUAGCUUUAUCCCACGCUGGGUCUGAUCCAAUGAUUUGUCGAACCUGGGCACAGUCUCAGCAGCAUCCAGAGAUUAUACCAAAUAUACGGAGGAGCUGUUCUCUCGCCAUGUGAGCAACGUAACGGCCACUCUCUCUCUCUCUCUCUCUUUCUCUUUCUCUUUUCUCCAAUCCAAAGUGUUUCCGUAAACAAUCCUAAACCCAAACUGCUGCUAUGGUGGAAUGUUGACAGCUCCGGAUUACGGUCGAGGCUGCUCAGUAGCUCCACGAGAACAAUGAUACGAUCGCACCCCAUGCCAAAUUUGGUGAGUUCCAUUGUGUGUGGAUGAGUCAAGUUGUCCACAGCAAAGUAGCAGAUGAAUUGAAACUAAAGAAUCUGGGACGAAUCAGUGCAUUCUUCUUCUUCUUCUGCGAUGUUCGCUCACCAGACUGUGCCCACAUGUAGAGGGUAGCCUCUAACUUAUCGAUUAUAAUAGCGAGGAUUAAAAUUCCGACACGUCCAGGGUGACGUUCCUUUUAUAGUGUUUCAAAUGUUCUAUGAUUUAUAAAACUCUAAAGGUAAAAUCCACCUUGAUUAAGGGCUCCCAGACUCCACAGAAAAAGAUGUGAUUUUCUGAGCAGUGGUGGACGACUGGGAUAUUUUUUUUUUCUCCUUUUUGGUUCCUUCCUAAGAGAAACAUACUUUGCAUUCUUAAAAAUGUCAGCAGCAUUAAACACUUCCCCUCCCGCCGCAAAAUCGCUGGACUUGUGCACACUUUGUGUAACUGCCGUGCAGCAGGGUCACAUACUGUAGAGCAGCAUUCCCUCCUCCUCCUCACACGUUCAGCUCCGACACUGUGCCCGUUGCUUCAGACCGUGUUCUGUAACAGCUGCAGAGUAGCUGCCUCAAACAUUCCUCCUCGGUAAACAUGGGUGGGGCCCGCAGUUCACCCAAGGGCUUGUUCUAUGAUUUUGUCUCCUACAGGAACUCUGUGCACAAGCCAUAGAACGCACUGAUGCUCCCGAUGCCUCCUUUGCAAAGAAUAAAAUAUUUUUUAAAAAUGC